AUGACAAGGCAGCCAGGAAGCGGCGAUGGCGCCGCAGACUCGAUUGUUUCGCAGUGCUCUGACCAGCUGCAGCAGCAGCGGCUGCUGGAGAAUGGGGGACCGGAUUUUCCCUUUCUGCAUUUGUGGGAGAUCUGGCAGAGAGGCAGCAUGACGCCGCUCAGUCGGGGCGAAACUUGGUACAUUGUGAAUGAGGGAUUUCUUCAGAAUCUACAGCAAGAAGCAAACAGACUGAAGAGCAGACUCUCCCCCGAGGCCGUCGCUCAGGCGCUGAGUGGGCUGGACAAGUUUGUGGAGCUGUCGAAACAACGGCUGGAGCAGCAGCGAAAUAAUCCUCCACAAUCGCACCUGCGCAUUGUGAACGCGCAACUGCUCUCCCCAGAAAGCGUCAGAAAGGGCUUUGCCACCAAACGAACGCGACUCGCCGCUGGUGUCGAGAAACAAAUGGGCAUAGCCUUUCAAGUCUGCGAGGCGUCUACGUGGACUGUUCUCUGCGCAUGGGUGCCUCAUGACAUCGAAAUUCCUCGUGGGGUGUACAAACAGUCCGGGCACUUUCAUGUGGAGGUGCAGCCACUUUUGCUGCAUGCGUUCAAAGCUCUCGGCAACUGCAGCAGCUGCAAGGAGACAGUUGCCGAACCAGUCAGUCAAUUUGCUGCUGCCCGCGCAGAUUCUCUGGAUUUCACAAUUCACAAGCUGAAAGAGCUCGUGGCAGUGGAGGCGUAUGACGCGAGUUUGCAUUUUUCGCUGGAGCUGCGAGAGGUUCCUGGGGGGUCACUUGCAGCGCCUGCGAGCAGUUGGAAUUGUGUGUGGGAGGCUUCGGAGACAUUUUUGGAAGACACGGAUGUGGAGGACGGUGCUGGGCUCGUGUUGUUACACCGGUCUGCAUGUCGUUGCUCGCGGAAGGAAGCGGCCAGUGCAGAAGAAGACGAGUUCGAUGAUGCGAUGUGGGAAGCAGAGAGGGGAGCUCCUUCCAUGGGGGAGUCUUCUGCAGUGCAGCGGGGGGGGGGAGCAGUCAUGGGUGUCGCGAGAGGCAGCCGUCCUCUCUGCGGUAUACGCAGACCGACGCUCGUCGCUUCUGCCCCCUCAAGCUCUGAGAGCUCUGGAAUAUGUCAUGCUCAGUCCUUGGUGGACGUGUGGCUAGCCACGGGUGGCUUAGUGGGGCUUGUGAAUCUGGCAAACACGUGCUUCAUGAAUGCCGCAGUGCAGUGCUUGUCAGUGGUCCUUCCUUUCACGCGGUACUUCUUGAGCGGCGCUUACAAGGCGCAUAUCAACGAGCAAAACUGCAUGGGAACGCAGGGGAGGCUCGCAAAUGCGUAUGCGAAGACGCUUAAGGCCCUGUGGGCGUCAGGAGACUCCGCGUUUGCCCCUCGAGAGUUGAAAUGGGCUGUUGGCGAAGUGCGAGAGGAGUUUCUAGGAUUUGCACAGCAAGAUUCUCAGGAGCUCCUCGCCUUUCUGUUGGAUGGCAUUCAUGAAGAUCUCAACAGAGUACGAAAGAAGCCAUAUUAUGAGGACAAGAUAGAGGGUGCAGAGGGCGCGAGCGACAGCGUUACUGCGCUUCGCAGUUGGCAACGCCAUAAGGAGAUUCACGAUUCGAUGGUUGUUGAUCUCUUUCAAGGGCAAUACCGAUCACAGCUCGUCUGUCCACAAUGCCGUCGCUUGUCUGUUACGUUUGACCCUUUUCUGAAUUUGUCACUCCCCCUUCCUAACGCAGCGCCACUGCGCUUCAACAUUGCCGGGUGCUUCGAGACGUCUAAAGCGUUUGCGGCGGAAAUGCAAGCGAAGCUGCCGCUUUCACAGGCGCAAACAAAGGAACUUGCGCUCCAACUGCUCAACGCGGCUAUGAAGGGCGAUAUGCCGCACGCGAAUUUGAUGGAGGAGGAAAAGGAGGAGCUCAGGCUUCAAAUCUGCCACUGUCCGUCUGGAGUCAAAUCGCUGAACGGCUUGCGAGAGGAUAACGUGCUCCUCAUCUGCCGGCGCAUCGGAGAAAUGACUCCAGGCUCCCCCCUCCUCGCAAACGGUUUAAAACCUUUCUGUCCAGGAGAAGAGCUGCGAUCCAAGACGGAAAAGCGGCUAACCUCCAUCUUCGUAUGGUUCCUCCCUUCUCGCACCGUCCGAGUGCGUUCAAAGCCCCUUGAGCACGAUGCCUCUAACGUCUUAGAGCUGGAAGGUCAGGUUCCCCUUGACACCCCGACGGGUGCAACCAGCGGCUGCGUUUUGCCCUCCGAGAAUUUGACGGCUGGCGGUCCGACUGCAGGCGCAGGAGAUAGCGAUGCCGAUGAAUUGACACACGCACUGCAAGCCAUGGCGAAGAAGCGCCGAUCUGUGGGGCUGCCCGUGAGUUUGGAGGCUUCGGAUUCUUUUUUCGUGAUGAUCGUGCCGCUGGUGAAGUAUCAAGCGGAUCCACGCGUCAUUGGAUCCUGGAUGCCCGUGUUGCGGCUCGUGACAGCGUCCACGACUUGCAGCGAUCUGUAUGCAGCAGCGGAGAAUGCUUUUUUUCUGCCGGGAGCUUCUCGGGCGGAAGAAGGCACCGAGGCUUCCAGUGGCGCUCUCGCCAUUAGUCCUCGAACGAGCUUUUCGCCAGAGGAGGGAUGCGUGCAGCAACAAAAAUCCAAGAUUAGCGGUGUGUUCACCCAAGCAGUAGAGGCCAUCAACAAAACCUUCGGACCAGCAGCUCACGCAGAGGCGACGUCAAGGAAGUGGCGGCUGCAGGCGAUGGCGCUCGUGUAUCUCGACGUAUCGGCUGUAGAUAAUCUCACCAGCAUCAGCAGCAGCAACAGCAGCAGCAACAGCAGUAGUGUGGAAACACAGGGCACCAUGGUCAGCGGCAUCCUCUCACUGGGAGUCGUUCGACAGUCGCACAAAAUUCAUCUCGCUGACUGCUUGCAGCUCUUUGCAGAGCGAGAAGUUCUCGAUGAAGACAACAUGUGGUACUGCGGAACCUGCCGGAAACAUGUGCAAGCGCAGAAAAAGCUUGACCUCUGGCGCAUGCCAAAAGUGCUGAUUCUUCACCUCAAGCGAUUUCACAACGUGAAUCGAUGGAGCCGAUCAAAGAUCACCACUCGCGUUUGCUUCCCCUACAAAAAUGGGGAGUACCUCGAUAUGAGCCAGUUCAUUUUGCCUGGCGGUUUGCAGCAACUCCAGGAAGAAGAUCCCUCUUUUUCACCGGAGUACGAACUCAUCGGCGUUAAUGUCCAUUCGGGAGAACUGGGCGGAGGGCACUACUACGCAUAUACGAAGAUUAGGGGGCAGUGGUAUGAGUUCAAUGACUCGUGUGUCACACCUGUACACGAGGACAAGUGCCACUCCGCCGAUGCAUACAUGCUAACAUACGAGCUUCGAUCUAGUCGGGAGAAUUCAAAAAGCAGACUAGCAAUAGUUGAAACGGCUAAUCGACUGCAGCCAGUCGAUCACCAGGUUAGGCAGCCGCUACCGCAGCACCACCAGCCGACUGUUAGCCCUUGGGUCAUGUGA